UGUCUUACAGCCUCCUUUGGAAGCUCUGCUGUAGGAUUGUUUCUGAUUGGUCCUAAUACUUUGACUCUCCUUCAGGAGGAUCUGUCCAAUCAGAGGCGUCGCUGUGAGGAAUUGGGGAAGCAGAACGCCCUCCUACACCAGCAGAUGGAUGAGAUGGCCACCAGGAGUCGUGGGCUGCAGACGCCCCGGCAGCAGCUCGACCUGUCCUUCAGUGAGGAGGGGAAGACCACCGAGCAGAUCCUGGAAAUACUCAGGUUUGUUCGGCGUGAUAAAGAGAUCGCUAUGGCUCAGUGUGAGGCGUCUGAUGAAGAAGCUCAGCGCUACAAACAGCGAGUGGAACACCAGGACAGAGAACUGAAGGAGCUGCAGGAGGCUCUGAACUCUGAGAGCGAGAAGAUGCAGGUAUGAAGGGGCUGAGGGAUGGAA